AUGGCAAUCCUUAAGAAGCAAUCAGCCUGGUGCACUUCAAGGCUUGCAAGGGAAAGCAAAUAUGAGGCAAUGGGAUCUAACUGGGAUCACAUCAGCUAUGUCCAUGAUUAUUACAAAAAUGAGGCCUUCAUGAAAGGUUACAAACCCAUGGUUCAUCCAAUGGCAAGUCAAGACUUGUGGGCUAACACAAAUUUGCCACCUUCGUUGCCACCUAAGUUUCAUAAGCAGCCAGGGAGGCCAAAGAAAACCAGGAUAAGCUCAACCGGUGAACCAUCUCCAAGCUCUAAUCCUAAAGCUAUACACUUUUCAAGUGAUGUUUGUUCGACAAGUACCAUCACAAAGGCAAAAGAAGACAGCACAUCAAGCCAACACAUCCACUCAGAGAAUUACAAGAUAAUUAAGGCAAAAACAACCAAUAAAUCAUAUCAAAGGCUACAAAAAGGGCCAAUCAACACCAAGCUUCUUCUAAGUCUAGCCAAGCUCCUCAACCAUCUCACCAACCAGCUCAACCAUCUCAAGCUUCUUCUCAGUCUAACCAAACUCCUCAACCAUCUCACCAAGCAGCUCAACCAACUCAAGCAUCUCAAUUUGAACAACCAUCUCAAGAAUCUCAGUUUGAACAGUCCUCUGAAGCUUCUCAAUUUGAACAAGCAUCUCAAGCUGUCAGUUUGA